GUUUUCUAUCAAAAUUUCGCUUGGUUACCAAUAACUUUGCGUGUGUCGGUGUAGGAAGUUAAAAAAAGAUGUCGAAGCAUACAGGAAUGAGUCCUAGGUUGAGCAUGCGUGGAGGUGCCAUGGUUAUGAAAGGAGUUACUAUUUUCCUUGCGAGCGCCAAAAGUAGUAAAACCACUACAUGUCAAGCUAACAAUAAACAAAAACAUAAAAAGAAGAAAAUGUCAGACAAAGAUAAUGUGUACAAAUGUUCACCAAAACUACUAGAAGCUAUAAAGAAGGAUACACUCUUUAACAAAAACGAAAUAGAAGCUUUGUACAAAAUAUAUCACAAACUUGUUACAAUAAAUAAGGUGAAAGGAAAAAAGGCUAGUUCCAGCGCAAAUACUUCUUCAGUUAUUGGGAAACAAUCAACAAUUACAGAAGGUAUUUGUCGAACUGUUUUUCGUGAAAUACUCCACAAUACAUUCGACAUAGUAACUGAAAAUUCCCUGAUGGAUAGAAUUUUUGGUGUGUGGGACAAACAAAAUUACGGAUUAAUUAAUUUGGAAAAUUGGUUCUUGGGACUUUCAUUAUAUUUGAAAGGUUCAAUUCCAAAGCAAAUUGAAUUUUGCUUUUCUGUUUAUGACUUGAACGCCGACGGUUUUAUUACCAAAGAUGAAAUGUUUCAGUUACUCAAGAAUUGUCUAAUAAAACAACCUCAGGAAGAAGAUCCGGAAGAAAGUGUUAAAGAUCUCGUUGAUAUUGUUAUGAGAAAAUUCGAUAAGGAUAAAGAUGGAAAGGUAUCUUUACAGGAUUUUCAAGAGACCGUUACAGAAGAACCUCUAUUGAUUGAAGCUUUUGGAAAGUGCUUACCUUCUGAAAGAUCAAAGGAUACUUUUCUAACAACUCUAAAAAUUACGUGAAUAUGUUACUUACAUAUAUCAUAAAAUUAAUUUUAAUUAUUAUAAAUAAGAAUGCCCCAAAUCUUCAAGUAGUUUUGAUAAUUUGUUGAGUA